UCAUUACUAUACUAUAUAGGUACAUAAUUUAAUAUUGUUUUUUAUGUACGGGUUUUUUUUUAUCCUUCUCCCAAAUCACACAAGUCGUUCCCCCAAUAAUGUCAAUUAACCAAUGUUGUUAUUCUGAUUAAGUAUUUUUUACUGUUAAUUUGUAAUUUGUUUUUCGUUUGUUGUGCACUUCGUAUUCUAUGAUAGUUACGGCGAACGAUUUCCCAAUAGCUGCGGUGUAGUGUCGUCUUCGUCGUCGUUGUGAUCUUUAAAAUAUUAAGAUCAUUGUUUGUAAGAAGUCAAAAUGUUUUAUUAGUGUUUGUGUUUCGAAUUACUUCAUCGUAUCACCGGCAAUGGAUAGAAUUACAAUAAACGUAUAUCAUAGCUGAUUAAAAUGGCAUCCAGAGAUAAACAAUCACAAUAUGUCGAUGGUCGACGUACCUGUCCUCGGUACAGUGGACCUGCUUCCAGCAACGGUGACUAUGCUUAUGCAUAUUAUGAGCAUGGUCCACAUGGGUCUAAACCACAUUCAUGUUCAAAACAUAGUUAUAUUAACCGAUAUGGACGGGAAGAAAACAUAUAUGAGGAGAUUGGAACAUCUAAACUUGAUGAAGAAGUUAGAUAUGUCCACUCGAAACAUUUACAGGUUUUGGAUGAAUUAAAUUUAUCAAUGGAAGCGAUGAUAAUGCCUGACAAUGGUGCAUGUUUAAACAAUAAUGGUUCAUCUGGCCUUAAUUUAGGAACUUCAAGAGAUGGUUCGCCAGUGAAUUUGAGUGUGGAUAGUGGGGUUGCUUGUGAUGCUAGCAGUUGUGGUACAAAUAGUUUAAGCCGGCCUCGUAAAUCUCAUUUCAGCACAAAAAGGUUUUGGAAUAAAAUGCCUACAUUAAUUUCACCCAGCCCUAGUAAAACAUCACUUCCAGAUGAGUCUGUACGAUGGCGACAAAAUUCGUGGGAUGAAGUAACACAAUCAACCACAAUUAAUGAACGCCAUACUCCUUCACAAAAAAGUUCAAGUUCUGAUAGAGAUCCAGAACUUUCAUCAGAAGAAGAAAGUAACAAGAGUUAUGAUACUAGAAAUAAUGUUUCUAAAACAUUGAGGUGGACAAAGAACCCUCCAUCCCCAGAUCCACCUUCUAGUCCUGGUUUAUUAUCGAGAUGGUUUUCAUUAAGAAGAUGCUCUCAAUAUGAUCUAGAUGUUCGGCCAAAUAGCAAAAUGCCUCUAUUACCAGAGGUUGAAGAAGACUGUUUUUCUAGACGACUUAUUCCACCAAGUCUUCCACCAGCACCUCCUGAUAUUUCUGAACAAGAACUAAGACGUAGAUAUAUUGUUGAUGAUAUAGUGAGAAGUGAAAAUUCAUAUUUAGCUACUCUUCAUAGACUUGUGAAUGAUUACAAAAAGCCUCUUGAACAAAGUAUGCCAUCAAUUCUAAGUCAGUCAAAAAUUUCAAUAUUAUUUCAUCGAGUUCCAGAAAUACUUCAGUGCCAUACACUAUUUAGAAUAGCGUUAGCUGAAGCUGUUGCAAAUUGGGAUCGUGAUCAUAGAAUUGGAGAUGUUUUUGUAGGAUCUUUUAGUAAAGCAAUUGUGUUGGAUAUAUAUAGUGGGUUUAUUAACAAUUUUUUAAAUGCUAUGGAAUUGGCAAAAACUGAAACCAAAAGAAAAGCAUCUCUCGCAGAAUUUUUUAAAAAUCGACAAGAAGCAUCCCAUGACCGCCUUUCAUUUUAUAGUUUAAUGGUUAAACCUGUACAAAGAUUUCCACAGUUCAUUCUUUUCCUCCAGGAUUUAUUACAUAAUACUGGUUAUGGUCAUCCCGAUAGAAUGUCUUUACAGUUAGCAUUAACUCAAUUGGAAUCAUUAGCAGAAAUGCUCAAUGAAAGGAAACGUGAAAGUGAGCAGGCUCAAGCAUUUAAAGAAAUGUUAAAAUCUGUGUCUAGUAAGUUAGCUGUUCGUCCAAUAGCAGACAGCAACAGAUGUCUCCUUAGACAAGACGAUGUUACUCAAAUAGAAAUUAAUCAUGGAGAGGUCAUUGGAAAAUGUAAACCUCGACGUCUAUUAUUACUAAAUGAUUUGCUUGUUUGUGUUUCUGUCAAUAACAAAGAUGAUUCCAAUAGCACAUCACAAAAAAGAUUAACAUUCAAAUGGAGUUAUCCAAUUUCUGAAAUUCAAGUUAUUGACACAUUGUCAUUACCUAGUGUUUCACGUACAAUUGCUGGUAGUACAGGAUCACAUAAUAGUAUCACAACAGACAAUUUAUGUAAUGAAAUGAACCAUCUAAUGCAUGAUUAUCAAGUAAUCAGCCGUAUUGUUGAAUUAGCAUCAACAUUAAAAGGCACAUAUUUGGAUCUUGCUCCAGAUAAUUUAAAAGGUGUCUUAAAUGCAAUACAGUGUGAAGUGCAAUAUAAAGGAGAUCAGGUAGCAUGGAUGGACUCCUGCUGUCUCCAGUUAUUUAUUAAUCGUCAAGGAUACACUUUUCAAAUGGAAAAUCCUGAUUUACGUAAAGGAUGGAUCACUGAAUUAAGGCUUGCACGAUUAGCUCUCGAUCCAAAUAAUUCUCCAGCUUGGGAAGUUCCUGAUCAGGAGUUGAUGCGGCCAAUGACAAAAAUGCCUUUAUUCGUUGGUGCUCAUCCCAUAACUUCAUCUAGCAAACAAGCAGAGGUGACUUGUGGAUGCUUUUAUUCUUCUGGCUGUGGCAAAUUUUCAUAUUUGUGGGUUUGCACUACAAAUAUUCCGAUGAAUACACAUAUAGCUAUCAUGUCUGUUAACAACACUUGUAUUCUAAAACAAAUUACAACAUUAGACUUGCCACAAACAAUUGUAACUGCUAUAGAGUACGUUAGAGCCUCUGAUACAGUUUGGAUGGGUACUAAUCAUAAAAGUAUUUUAAUUUUUAAUACCGCUGACAUGUCGGAAGAAGCAAGUAUUUCAUUACCAGGUGAAGACGAGAGUCUCAGAGUCACAGCAAUCAAACACCAUUGUGAUACUGUCUUUGUAGCUUUAUCAAAUGGUUCAUUGUUACUUUAUAGAAGAGGUAACCAAUCCAAAGAACCGGAGAUUGUAGUAUUAGGUCCUGAUGCUCCUAUCACAUGUAUAUUACCUAUAAAUUUAUCUUUAUACGUAGCAUGUGGAAAACAAGUAUUUGUUAUGAGUGCUAUCACUGGAGAACUUCAAAAAAAUUUUACCAUUCAUCAUGGGAAGAAUGUUAACCUUUUGGCUCAUUCUGGUGUUGGACUUUGGCUUUCGUUAAUGAAUUCAACAACCGUUUGUUUGUACCAUACUGAAACAUUUAAACAUUUACAGGAUAUUAAUAUUGCAUCAAAUGUCACAAGAUUAAAAGGUACUGCUACACCAGUUAAUGUUACUGCACUGAUGGCUUGUAAAGGCCUUCUGUGGGUUGGAACUGAUGCUGGUAUUAGCUUAACUGUUCCAUUACCUCGUUUAGAAGGGGUACCUAUAAUCAGUGGCAAAGUAAAUGUAUCUUAUCAUGGGCAUACCGGUCCGAUAUCUAUUUUGGUGCCAUUACAAGAUCCACCCACUGUUUUAAAACGUCCACCUUCCAAAACAUUAGCUAGUGAUAUUUAUGAUCUAUAUGGUCGUUUAAUGUGUGUCAAGGACUAUGAUAAAAAUGAAGAUGUUUUAAAUUCGAGUCGAUGGUCUUUGCGAUCAACUGAUGAAUCGUCAACAGUUCAACAUGCAAGAUCGUCAGAUGUAUCAAAAAAAGAUUUCACUUUAGUGACAGUGUCUUGUGGACGUGGUUAUGUCAAUUAUCAACAACCGUGUUGUUCAACCAUUGAAAAUAAUGCCUACAUAAUACUUUGGGAGAUUAAGUUAUAAAUGUAAGUAGGUAAUGGUAAUUAAUUUUAAUAGUUAUUGAGUUGUAGGUAACUCGUUAUCUUUAACCUACAGGGUGUUUCUGAAAUUGAUAACGUUAUAUUUUAGAACAUACUAGUAUUGUGGAAACAAUUAAAAACUAAUUAAAUAUACCUACUGAAUCAGAUACUAAAAAUUUACGAUAAAUUAAUUAUCAUUAUACAUUGAGUAAUGUAUUAAGUUAGAAAAUAACUCUUUUAUGUAAAACUAACCUUAACAUUAAAAAAAAACAUUCCAAAUUCUAUUAUUUACUUUUAUGCUUUCUAAAUAAAUAUAUACUAACAAAUUUCAUGAAACACCUUUUUGAAGCCAAAUGACCAUUUUAUCUUGCCAAAUCAAAACAUUCUUCUUCCUUAGAGCUGUAUACUGUAGUUAUAAAUUAGUAUUAAUAAUAGUUAUAAGUAUUAAAUAAAAUAAUAAUAUUUAAAUGAAAACAUUGCUGUGAAAAGAGUGAUUUUUUAUUUUCUAAAUUAUCUGAGUAACCUUUUCUCAUUUUGAUUUUUCAUUUAUAUAAUAAUAUUAUAUACUUUUGUUUGAAAAAAAUGUGAUAGUUAUCUUCAUAUUUAUAUUCUGAAAAUAAUUAUGACAAAAUAUAAACAGACAAUUAGUGCAACAUGUUCCUUUCAACUUUCAUUACAUUUUAUUAAAUAACUGGAGUUUAUCACUUUUUUUUAAUAGAUAUUCUCCUUCACAAUCAGUCUUUUAGUACUAUUAAUUUUUUUUUUUAGUUCAAUUGAUACUUUAAUAUUUUUAGUCGCUCAAUAAUUAAUUUUUAUUCUAUAAUUAUUACUUUUAUUAUUAUUAACUUUCUAUGUAUUACUUAAACAGCUCUAAUGCCGUGAAUUUGUUGAUUAUAAAUAGUUAAUACUUAAUGUGUAUUUAUAAGUAUUUAAAAUAGUAUUUAUUAGUGUAUUUGUAUACAAUUAAUAACAUAAUUUGAUAUGUGCUGUGGAAUAAUUAAAAACUAUUAAUGUAUACGCUGCAAUAAUAAAAAAAAACAAUAAAAAUCGAUAGAUAAUUUAAAUAGAAUACUAUUAUUGUAUGGCAAUUCAUAGUUAUUAAAUUAAGUAUUAUGCAUGAAUUUCAAUAUUACUGUAAAAACCAAGCACAUUUAUCUUAUAUGUACUUGAAAUUAGUAUUAUGAAUUAUUAACCAAUUUUUUUAUGCCUUAAAACUUUCUUUCACACAUAAUUAUAUAUCUUUGUUAAAAAUAUUCAAUUAUUCAAUGACAAUUGUCAGUAUUUCAUGUCACCUUAAAAUGUAUACAUUUCAUAUUAUUUCUAACUCGUGCAUUUUAUUUGGUUUAUGAUUGCUCACUACUUUUUUGAUUGAAUCUCUAUUUAUACUAUAUUAAUUAUAUAAGCUUAUGAUCAAAGACACUAUAAUAUUCUCAAAUAUUUUAGAGCGUUUUAAAGCAAUAUUAUUUAUAUAAGGCUUUUUAUUGCCAUUGGAUGACUAGUAUUAUUAGUUUUUAGUAUAAUAUUUUUUCCUGUGUCUAUUUUAAUACAACCAUACAACCCUGUUGCUCCUCAUUGCUACUUGUACCUUCAACUCAUUUAAGCCCUCGAAGAAAUAAAAAAUAUAAUAUAUAGUGUAUAAGUGUUUUACCCGUGUUUAAUACUGUGAUAUUCUUAUUACAAUUCGCCCAAAUGCUUUAAAAAUCAUUUUAAUAUAUAUUAUAUACAUUGUAAUAUUAUCAUAGGUAAUAGAUAUUAACUUAAAGUUUUGUAUUAUUUUUAUUAUUAUACCUAUUUAUCUAAGGCGAUGACAAACUGUAUUUUAUGGUAUUAAUAUUAUAACACUCGAUACACAUUUGUCACUUACUAUUAGUGCAUAAUAAUAAUAUUACGUAUAUACUAUGUAUAUAUAUUAACGAUUUGUGUUUCUUCCUAGAUAUUGCGCCAAACUUUUAGUUUAAUUAAGUAAUAAAUAAAUUACAAAAACAUACACAAACAUAUUUAUAUAUAUAAAUAUGUAUUAUAUAUUUAUAUAAUAUAUAUUAACAUGAUAUAUUUAGUCAAUUAAGUACAAAAUAAGAAAAAGAUACACAAACACAAGUGCACAUACACACAUAUUAUCUUAAACAGAAAAUCGCUAUUUUAAUGCUAGUAGCUAUAACCGUUUUGCAAUGUUAACUUAUGUAUAUAUUGUUAAACCUAACCAUUACAAUAUUAUGUUCUCUCUACUUGUUACUAAUCAGCAUAAUUUGUUAAAAAACUAAUUUUUGCCCUCACACGUUUAUCGUCAAUUUAUAUUGUAUAAUAAUAAUAGUGUUUGCUGGUAUUUCUGUACACAACUACGUAACAGUACCUGUAAUUUGCUUAUAAAAGAAAUCGAUUAUAUAUUAUUACUACUACUAUUACCACUAAUGUUACACGGUGAAUUAUAUUUACAUUUUUUAUAAUUGUUUGUAUUUAAAUGAUUACCUCUCGCUCUACUGCAACAGAAUGGUAUUUUGAGAUUUGUAUUUAUAUUUUUUUUUUUAUCGCUUUUUAUACGAACAUUUUAUUUGUUUUUCUUUUGUUUAUCCGUCUCGAAAAAAAGAUUAUAUAUAUUAUUUUAUAUUAUAUUUUUAUUACAUUACUCCCAUUAUAUUACUAUAUUUCUAUUAUGUGUAAUGUCUAUUUGAACGAGCUGUGUCUACUAUGUAUAUCAAAGUCGAGAAUCGAAAUUUUUAAUCAUAUAUUAUAAUAAUAACCUAUAUAUAUUUUUUUGUUUUACGUCAAUAUGACAUGUUAUAAUUAUUGAACGUGGUUGUAAUAUUGUAUUCACUAUACAUGAUUAUAAUUUAAACCAACUUAGUUUUAAACGAUUUUAUUUGUAAAAAAAAUUCUUUUGUAUUUUGUGUAAAAAAAAAAGAAUAAAUAUAUGUUUUUUUCCUU